CGCCCCGGAACGGAGGAUUCGCAGUGGAGGACCGCGCCGGGGCUGGAGCCUCCCGCGGCCCCGAAAUCGCCGACUGCGCCAGACCUGGCCUGAUGGACGCCCAGUGUGGACAAUGAGGGAAGAACGCGCCUCCCGCACCCAAGAGGUGACCCCGGAGCGAGCCCCGGAUGUCCCCGCGAGCAGGAACGAUGCGACUGGCUUGCAUGUUCUCGUCCAUCCUGCUGUUCGGAGCUGCAGGACUCCUCCUCUUCAUCAGCCUGCAGGACCCCACGGAGCUCGCCCCCCACCAGGCGCCAGGAAUAAAGUUCAGCAUCAGACCACAGCAGCCGCACAACGACCUCCCGCCAGGCAGUUCCCAGGAUGGUCCCUUUAAGGCAGCCACGGAGAGGGUCGCCCGAGACUUGUCCAGCCGCGCCCCGCGGGGCCUGAGCCUGCGGGUGUCCCAGGACCCUCAAGCUCAGCUAAACGUGGGGGCCCGUCUGCGACCCCGGCAGCGCCGCCGACGGCUGCUCAUCAAGAAAAUGCCGGCUGCGGCGGCCCUCCGCGCCAACAGCUCGGCCGGCACGCUGGUCCGGCCGGCCCCCGGGGCCCUGGACGGCCGCUGGGCCAGCCUGAGCGAGACCCAGCGGGAGCGCAAGCGGGUGAUGCGGGAGGCGUGCGCCAAGUACCGCGCGAGCAGCAGCCGCAGGGCGGUCACGCCCCGCCACGUGUCCCGCAUCUUCGUGGAGGACCGCCACCGCGUGCUGUACUGCGAGGUGCCCAAGGCAGGCUGCUCCAACUGGAAGCGCGUGCUCAUGGUGCUGGCCGGGCUGGCCUCGUCCACCACCGACAUCCAGCACAACACGGUGCACUACGGCAGCGCCCUCAAGCGGCUGGACACCUUCGACCGCCAGGGCAUCCUCCACCGCCUCAGCACCUACACCAAGAUGCUCUUCGUGCGGGAGCCCUUCGAGAGGCUGGUCUCCGCCUUCCGCGACAAGUUCGAGCACCCCAACAGCUACUAUCACCCCGUCUUCGGCAAGGCCAUCCUGGCCCGGUACCGGGCCAACGCCUCUCGGGAGGCCCUGCGGACGGGCUCCGGCGUGCGGUUCCCCGAGUUCGUGCAGUACCUGCUGGACGUGCACCGGCCGGUGGGCAUGGACAUCCACUGGGACCAUGUCAGCCGACUGUGCAGCCCCUGCCUCAUCGAUUAUGACUUUGUGGGCAAGUUUGAGAGCAUGGAGGACGAUGCCAACUUCUUCCUGAGCCUCAUCCGCGCGCCGCGGAACCUGACCUUCCCCAGGUUCAAGGACCGGCACUCGGAGGAGGCGCGGACGACAGCCCGCAUCACCCACCAGUACUUCGCCCAGCUUUCUACCCUGCAGCGGCAGCGCACUUACGACUUCUACUACAUGGACUACCUGAUGUUCAACUACUCCAAGCCCUUUGCAGACCUGUACUGAGGGGCGGAGCCGGCCCACCCACUCACGGGUCCGCAGGGGCAUCCCACUCCCCCUUGGGUCCUCACCUGGGAGCUGAGAUGUACCCAGAGCAACAGGGCUCUGAGGAGGCUCUGAGAGUGGCGCAGGCCCUUCGGGGGGGACAGAGGCCCAGGCCUUGGACCAGACCCUGGCCCUUGUCCCAUAACCCCCUUCCAUACUCCUCAAAUAAGGAAGAUCCUGGGGGGUGGGGGCGGUGAGCUGGACACUCCAGAGUCCCGGCUGCCCACACCCAGCUCCGCCAAGAGUCAGGAUGACCAGGGAUGACCAGGGAAGUCUGAGGCCCAGCGGACGAGGGCCCCAGCGGUAAGGGAUUUCCCUUAUUAGCAUUGCCUUGAACCAAACCGCAUGGUUUGCAGCUUUUCUACGACCCAGGGGGGAGUUUCCCUUGGAAUGAGGUUUGAAAUAAAGCACAUGGUUUCCA